GCGCAUGACCGGUUGUGGAAUUGUCUGACGUCACGACUCCCUACAGUUUUGGCAGUUAGCUGAAUUCCGGCUAAAUAACUACAUUUCUUGGACGCAAGUCACACCCUCGCCCCCAAAAUGGCUGAGGUAGAGGAAACCCUCAAGAGAAUUCAGGGUCAAAAAGGGGUGCAAGGAAUCAUCAUUGUCAAUGCUGAAGGCAUCCCUAUCAAGACCACCCUUGACAACUCCAGCACAGUGCAGUAUGCUGGACUCAUUCACCAAUUAGUGAUGAAGGCACGUAGCACAGUUAGGGAUAUUGACCCCCAGAAUGACCUCACCUUCCUCAGGGUCCGCUCCAAGAAGAAUGAGAUUAUGAUUGCUCCAGAUAAAGACUAUUUCCUCAUCGUCAUUCAGAACCCCUCAGACUGAGCGGAUAACCUCCACCAUCUCUUUGCUGUAUUAGUUUUUUUCUAUUUAAUGGCCAAAUGUUUAUUCUAUUGUGUUAGCAAAAUAAUAACUCGUGCAAUAAGCUUGAUUCAUAUCAUCCUGGGUGGGUUGAUAUGCUAUGUAUGUUCAUGUUUGAUCAUCAUUGCAGUUCCAUCUCCCCUGUCUGAAAGGUUCUUUAUUGGCACAUAACCUUAUAGAAGGAUAGUUGACUGUCAUUGGAGGUUGCUGUCAUUUUGGGGCAAAGUCCUUAAAGCGUUUGAAACUUUGUAACACUUAUUUAUUUUGUUGUUUACAUCCAAUCACCAAUAGGUUUGAACAAUAUUCUUUGUAAAUGGUGAGCAGUGUAUAACACAUCUGAUUCAACAUUUUAUGUUGGUACCUUGUAAGGCCUGAUAAGAGAUAUACAAUAAACAUUUAUCAUACAAAAGA